CUGAGAAUUUGUAUCAUAACUGAAAACCACCCUCGAACUAAACAAGAUGAAAUUCAAAGUCAAGAUGUUUCUAAAAGUCGAUGGAAAAAUCAAAAAUCGCUCAAUGAAAAUUCAUAAAAAAGUCAAAUUCAAGAGUAAAGCUUUUGGACCUUUAUUUGAUCUUUGUACAAAAAUUCAAAAUCAUGAAGGCCGCAAAAAGGCUCCGGGCUUCGACGCAGGAGUGGUGCGAUCGGAACUCCAAACCCAAGGUUCCGGUAGUCCAACCCUUCGUCCGCCCGGAACCCACACGGUGGCAAAAGCCGGGACCCAUGGGCCGGAAUGAGUGGGCCAACUUUCACAGUAGCUAUCAAGUUGAUGCCAUGGCCAGUGAAAUGUUACGUAAAGAACAAAGAUUGAAAGGUGGCAAGCAAAGUCCAGACAGCCUUGUUUCCCAAUCUUUUACUAGAAAAGGAAAAGGCAGCGAGCCGACAUCCGAGGAUGACGACUUUCUGAGAGAAAACCAAGAACGAUUGAGUAUGCCCCGUUGGCAGCGAAAAAAGUAUAUUGCCCCGACGCCAAAGGAGUUUCCCUUUCGACCUCACCUGACUGGUCGGAGGACUCCACGUCCGGAGCGCGGCAGACCUGUGCAAAAGCCAACGGUUCCGUGCUGCUUCCAGCACGUGGAUCUAGAGAACGAGUUCUGGGCCAACAUGCGAUUCCCUAUCUCCCGGAAGGCCCUCUUAGCCUAUCCCAGCAAGAAGAUCUGUGAACUGUCCCGACCACGGCAAUUACCUCGAAAACCCCACUGCCCGGUGCCCGUUAAUCUCGAUGAUCAGAUGCCCAGGCGUCGGAAAAUGUCUCCGCGGCAAUGGCGUCUUCAUCUCCAGCGUCUCGAAUUUCUAUCCAAACCAAAUCCUCGGGUCAUGGCGGAGCUAGUAUGCUGCUGCUACUUGCCCAAGCAGAUUAUCCCUAAACUACAGAUUCGUUAAUUGAAGAAGUAUGAAUUCGCUUCUUAGUUGGUGGAACUGUAGUUUGGGAACAAUCAGUUUGAUUAAAAGAUUAAUAUGUUAACAUGGAAAGAUCAUAUACAAUCAAUUAAAAUAAAUUAAGAAAAUACGUAACAUUAAAAA